AUGUCUACCAUUAUCAACAGAAUCCCAAUGUUCUUUAGGGAAAACUAUGAUAACUGGAAGCUAAGAAUGCAGGCGUAUUUGGCUGCUCUCGAUAAUGACAUAUGGUAUGUCAUCACUGAUGACCCAAUAAAGAUAAUGAAGGCCAGUUCCACUACUACCCCCGAUGGUACUCCUGAGAUGAAGGAGAAACCAUGGUCAGAGUGGAAAGCCGAAGAUAAUAGGAAGAACAACCUCGAUAACAUGGAAAAAGACAUCCUCUAUAAGACACUAGACGAUAACAUGUUCAAUAAGAUCACCACAUGCACCUUUGCCAAAGAAAUUUAG